AUGGGCAAGAUCGCUUCGAUGGCGUACUUCCGCGUCCCUCCGCGCUGGCUCUUCGUCAAGAUCACGGACGAGCAGGGAAACGUCGGCUGGGGAGAGGCGUCGCUCGAGGGCCACACCCAGGCAGUCGAGGGUUGCUUGGACGCAUGGUUUGAGCGGUACCAGGGGAUGGAGGCCGACGACAUCGAGCAUAUCUGGCAGAUGUCGUGGCGCACGAGCUUCUACCGCGGCGGGCCCGUCUUCAUGAGUGCACUAGCAGGUAUCGACAUUGCGCUGUGGGAUCUCAAAGCAAGGAAGCUCGGCGUGCCCAUCUAUCAGCUCCUUGGGGGAAAAUUAAGGGACAAGCUCAAGGUCUACGCCUGGAUCGGCGGCGACCGACCUGGUGAUGUCGAAGCACAAGCGCUCGCCCGGAAAGCACAGGGGUUCCAGGCCGUCAAGAUGAACGCGACCGAGGACGUCGGCUGGCUGGACUCGCCCGCCGCGCUGCAGGGCUGCGUGGAACGCGUCCGGACGGUCAAGCGGCUCGGCAUGGACGCCGCCGUCGAUUUCCACGGGCGCGUGCACCUGCCCAUGGCCAAGCAGCUCGCGCGGGCGCUGGAGCCGCACGCGCCGCUGUUCAUCGAGGAGCCGCUGCUGUCGGAGCACCUGCCGGGCAUCCGCGCCCUGCACGGGCUCACGACCUGCCCCGUGGCCCUGGGCGAGCGGCUGCACAGCCGCUGGGACGUGCGGCCCUUCCUCGAGGCCGGCUGCGUCGACAUCCUGCAGCCCGACAUCAGCCACGUGGGCGGCAUCUCCGAGAUGCGCCGCAUCGCCGCCAUGGCCGAGGCGUACGACGUCGCGCUCGCGCCGCACUGCCCGCUGGGGCCCAUCGCGCUGGCCGCCAACGUCCAGGUGGACGCCGUCAGCGCCAACUUCGCCAUCCAGGAGAUGGGUCUGGGCAUCCACUACAACGACACGGGCCAUGAUAUCACGAGCUACAUCUGGAACCCGGAGGUGUGGCACGUCAAGGACGGUUAUAUUGCCGUCCCGACGGGACCUGGCCUGGGGAUCGAGGUGGAUGAGGAGCUGGUCAGGUCCUUGUCCAAGGAUGCGAAGCCGUGGGUGUCGCCGGGAUUCAUCGGGCCGGGGGGAGAGAUCCGCGAGUGGUGA